GCUCCCAACUCUUCCUAGGGUUUUCCGAACCAAUAAAACGACGACUCCAUUCGCCCACUCGAUGCGCACGAAUCGAUCCAAGAAGCACCGGGAGAGAACUGCUUGACGUUACUCUUUGAUCCAUCUUCCUCUCUCCGUUAGAUCGAGGCAUCCAUGGCAGAUUCCUCGGCUAAGAAGGCACCCAAGCUCCCGAUCCCCGGCCGCCGCAACAUCCUCAUAACCAGCGCGCUGCCUUACGUCAACAACGUCCCUCACCUCGGCAACAUCAUCGGAUGCGUUUUGAGUGCGGACGUUUUUGCUCGCUACUGCCGACUCCGGGGGUACAACACGAUAUAUAUGUGUGGGACGGAUGAGUAUGGGACUGCCACUGAGACGAAGGCUAUGGAGGAGAAUUGCUCCCCGAAGGAGAUUUGUGACAAAUACCAUGCCAUUCACAGAGACGUCUAUGAGUGGUUUGAUAUAAGCUUUGACAAAUUUGGACGUACAUCUGCUCCUCAGCAGACCGAAGUCUGUCAAGCAAUUUUCCAUAAACUACUGGAUAACAAGUGGCUUUCUGAAAAUACCAUGCAGCAGCUAUAUUGUGACACAUGCCAACGCUUCUUGGCGGAUCGGCUUGUUGAGGGUACAUGCCCUACAUUGGAUUGUAAUUAUGAUUCUGCACGUGGUGACCAAUGUGAAAAAUGUGGAAAACUGUUAAAUCCAACUGAACUGAAAGAUCCCAAAUGCAAGGUGUGUCAUAGCGCUCCUCGCAUACGUGAUACAGAUCAUUUGUUCCUAGAGCUACCCUUGCUGAGAGAGAAGCUGGAAGAAUACAUUAACACCAUGUCAGUGGCUGGAUCUUGGAGCCAAAAUGCUAUUCAAGCGACAAAUGCAUGGCUGAAAGAAGGUCUGAGACCUCGUUGUAUUACAAGGGAUCUUAAAUGGGGAGUUCCGGUGCCACAUGAGAAGUAUAAAGAUAAGGUGUUUUAUGUGUGGUUUGAUGCCCCUAUUGGAUAUAUUUCUAUCACUGCAUGCUACACUUCCGAGUGGGAGCAAUGGUGGAAGAAUCCUGAUAAUGUGGAGUUGUAUCAAUUUAUGGGCAAGGAUAACGUGCCAUUUCACACAGUAAUGUUUCCUUCUACUCUACUUGGAACUGGCGAAAGGUGGACCAUGAUGAAGACGAUAAGUGUCACAGAAUAUUUAAAUUAUGAAUCAGGAAAGUUUUCUAAAAGUAAGGGAAUUGGAGUUUUUGGUAAUGAUGCCAAGGAUACAAAGAUUCCUACUGAAGUAUGGAGAUACUAUUUGUUGACGAAUAGGCCUGAGGUAUCGGACACAUUGUUUACAUGGGCAGACUUGCAGGCUAAGCUGAAUACUGAGUUGCUGAACAACUUAGGGAAUUUCAUCAAUCGUGUUCUAAGCUUUAUUGCAAAACCAGAAGGAGCAGGAUAUGGGUCAAUCAUUCCUGAUGCUUCAAAUCCACAAUCUCAGCAACUAACAAAAUAUUUAGGAGAAAAAGUUGGUAAAUUGGUUGACCAAUAUCUGGAUGCUAUGGAAAAGGUUAAACUGAAACAAGGUCUAAAGAUUGCAAUGAGCAUAUCCAGUGAAGGAAAUGCAUAUCUCCAAGAAAGCCAAUUCUGGAAGCUGUACAAAGAAGAUCCAUCUUCUUGUGCCAUUGUGAUGAAGACCUCAGCUGGGCUUGUCUACCUACUUGCAUGUUUGUUGGAACCAUUCAUGCCUUCAUUUUCUGUUGAAGUGCUAAGGCAGCUCAAUUUACCUCUGGAAGCCAAUCUCUCCUUUUGUGAUGAAAAUGGAGAAACUGACAAAGCAAAGAGACCUUGGGAUUUUCUGCCAUCUGGUCACCAUAUAGGGAAACCUGAACCACUGUUUAAGGAACUGAAAGAUGAAGACGUGGAAUCCUUCAGGGUGAGAUUUGCUGGUAGUCAAGCUGAGAGAAUUGUGAAGGCUGAAACUGAUGCAAAUAAAGUUGCUGAGCAACUAAAAGCCACAAAGAUAACAGGUAAUGCAAAGAAACAACAAAAUAAGCCUUCUGGCAAUACAAAAGCAAAAACUGCUGAAACAGAUAUUUCGGUUUCGAAACUUGAUGUACGUGUUGGCCUCAUAAAGAAGGUUCAGAAGCAUCCAGAUGCUGAUUCACUUUAUGUAGAAGAAAUCGAUGUAGGUGAAGAAUCACCAAGAACUGUUGUUAGUGGUCUUGUGAAAUAUAUUCCUCUUGAAGAAAUGCAGAAUCGGAAAGUAUGUGUUCUGUGCAACCUAAAGCCAGUCACCAUGCGAGGCAUCAAAUCACAUGCAAUGGUCUUGGCUGCAUCAAAUGAUGACCACACAAAGGUGGAGUUGGUUGACCCACCUUCAUCAGCUGCAGUGGGCGAGCGAGUAACCUUUCCUGGAUACUCGGGGGAGCCUGAUGGCAUCUUAAGUGCCAAGAGCAAAGUUUGGGAGAAGGUGCAGGUUGAUCUGCAGUCCAAUUCAGAGUUGGUAGCGUGCUACAAGGAUGUUCCCUUCACGACAUCUGCUGGUGUUUGCAAAGUAUCAUCCAUUGCAAAUGGAGCCAUAAGGUGAACAACAUGACUUUUCAAAAGAUGAUCACAAUUUCCAGAAGAUUUUGGUGUUCUGCCAUCACCAAUUUGUUUGUCCAUUGUAUUAAUCCAUGUAGGUGUAGUUUGAUAACUGAAUUCAGUUCUCAAGAACACCGAAAUUUUGUGUUCUAUUGAAAGCCUGCUAGCUUAUUUGGAAUUUGCA